GAGCUAUCACCACCACCAACAACAACAGCAACAACAACGCAUUGCAAAAGCAAGGAGAAAUCUGAAGUCCAACCACACACACAAGAGAAGGAAGAAGCAAGGAAUGACGAUUGCAGUGAGCGGGAGCUGGACGCGGCUGCGGACGCUGGGCCGUGGCGCGUCGGGCGCCGUGGUGUCGCUGGCGGAGGACGGCGCGUCCGGGGAGCUGUUCGCGGUCAAGACCGCCGGCGCGGCGGAGGCGGCGAUGCUGAGGAGGGAGCGGGGGAUGAUGUCCGGGCUGUCCUCUCCGCACGUCGUGCCCUGCAUCGGCGGCAGCGACGGCCCCGACGGGUCGUACAAUCUAUUCCUUGAGUUCGCCCCUGGUGGGUCGCUCGCCGACGAGGUUGCCAGGAAUGGAGGUCACCUCGAGGAGUGCGCGAUCAGGGUAUACGCCGCGGAUGUCCUGCGCGGGCUGGCGUACCUCCACGGGAGGUCGCUCGUGCACGGGGAUGUCAAGGCGAGGAACAUAGUGAUCGGCGUCGAUGGGCUCGCCAAGCUCGCCGACUUCGGGUGUGCGAAGACCAUGGAUUCGGCGCGGCCUGUGGGAGGCACACCAGCGUUCAUGGCGCCGGAGGUGGCCCGCGGGGAGGAGCAGGGGCCAGCGGCAGACGUCUGGGCUCUCGGAUGCACGAUCAUCGAGAUGGCCACCGGGCGCGCGCCGUGGAGCGACAUGGACGACGUCCUUGCGGCCGUCCACCGGAUUGGAUACACGGACGCCGUGCCGGAGGUGCCGGCGUGGCUGUCAGCUGAGGCGAAGGACUUCCUGGCCAUGUGCCUUGUGAGAAACGCCAGCAACCGGAGCACCGCGGCACAGCUCUUGGAUCAUCCUUUCGUGGCAUUCGCCUGCCACGAAGUCAAGGCAGCGCAGCCGCUGAGGUGGGUCUCUCCGAAGAGCACACUGGACGCAGCAUUCUGGGAAUCGGAGACUGACGACGAGGAGGAGGCACACGAGACAGCAGAGAGCCUGCGCCUCUGUGAUAGGAUCAAGUCAUUGGCGUGCUCUGUUUCCGCCUUGCCGGAUUGGGACUCCGACGAAGGCUGGAUCGAUCUGUUCGUUGAGCAGUGUGAAUCUCGCGAUUCGGAGGAGGCCAAGGAAUCGGUUGAUGUGGCGGGCAGCGCGCCAAGCAAAGUGAGCAGCGCCGCGACGGUGCCAGCUGCUGAAGUGGUGGCUGUCGGCGGCGGCUGUCGUCCAAGCGAUGAACUGGACGUGGAGGAUCGGCCAUUCCAUGGCGAUAUCCUAGCCUCAGAUCGUUCAAUCGAGCGUCGGAAUAAAGUCUGUGCUAGUUCAGACAACGAUGUACUUCUAUUUCGAUUACUAUGUAACGGAAUUUAUGCAAUGGAAUUCUUCCAGCUUUUCACAAAUCUUGCUGCUCUGCUCUGUUUUGUUCCCGCCGUUCCCACUCUGUUUUCGUCAAAUCGCGAGCUUCAGGCAUGUAUAGAGUAA